AUGCUUAAGGCAUUGUGUAAUUCUAUUUGUGCUCUCUCUAUCAUUAUUUUUCUUUCUCUCUCUCUCUCUCCUUUGCUUCCAGUCUCUCUUCUCAUAGAUCUUUCAAUCUGUCAGUCUCUCUUUCAGUCAUUCUUUCUCUUUCUGUCACUAGUUUUUCUCAUUCACUUUCCUUUUUCUCAAUGUCUCUUUUGUGAAUUCUGUCAUUCUCUCUCACAGUCUUUCUGCUAUUCAUUCUCUCUUUUUUUUGCCAUGAGGGCUCUCUCUCUCUCUCUGUGCCUCUCAGCUAAUAAUUCUGUUUCUGCAUCUCUUUCAAUGUCGCUGUCAUUCACUUUUUCUCUCUUUCUGAGUCUCUUUAUCAUUAGCUCUCUCUAUCUCUCUGUCAGUCUCUCUUUUGGUAAUUUUAUCUCUCAAUAUCUGUUAUUAGUACUUUCACUCCCUCUCUAUCUCUCUCUGUCAUUAAUUCUCAUUCUUUCUUUCUCUGUCAUAUUCCUCUCUGUCAUUAGUUCUCUCCAUCAUCAGUUCUUUCUCUUCAACUGUUCUGUUUCUCUCACUUUUAAUAAUCUUCUGUUUGUCUUUCUUGCCAUUUUCAUUAAGUGCAUACAUGGAGUUGACAUCUCUUUAAAGAACCCUGAAGAUGGUUAUUUCCUCAAAUUUCGCCAACAUGGACCUCAAACUCAGCAAGAAUCUUUGAUCAUCACUGAAUCCACAGGUGAGCUGCCUGUGGUUCAAGCCCAACUUGGACCCUUCUUUUCAGUGAAGCCCAUCCCAAGGCACCUUCUGGAUACAUCCAUUUACAAUGGUUCGAACAUCCUUGACCGGUUCACUUUGGACAGCCAGGAUAUCAGUGUUCACCUUGUGUCCCAGAAGGUCACCCCAGAGAGUCCGAAAGUGCAGAUUCUUAUCCAUGCUGGGGUGUCUACUCGAGAAACACUGGCUAAUGCCAAGCUGAACAAGCAAACUCAGAUCUCUGGCUUCCACACCUGGCAAAACUGGUGUGGUCAGCUGUUUGUCCAGCACUUUGACCAAGAGGUAUCUGGUGCUUGUAUUCUUAGUGACAAGUACAAUGGCUGUGUUGCAGGUGUCCAGAUCCCUGAAGAAUGGUGGGGUUCCAAUGAUACUGUUGUCCAUCUUUAUUACCGAGUGACACCCAUCAGCAACAAUUUGGAAUGUGCCAGCACAUCCAAUUCGAUUGUUCCAAAUAAGUCUUCAUCGAAUAUCUCAGUGGAUGAGAAACGAUACCUGACCACUAUGCCAUUACUGCUGGAUGAGGAGGAGUUCAAAGACCUCAAAGACAAGCAUGUGGUGAUUUCUGUCCCUACUGGAACCUACCGUCCUGGAGCUCAUUUCUAUGUACCAAUUAAACUGGAGGCAAACUCUGACCUCCAGGUAUUUGCAAUGAGGUGA